AUGCGUGUCUACACCCUCCUCGCGGUGUCGUGCACCACAUCUCGCGCGCUGCUGCCGCCGUCGUCCUUCGCGCCCGCGCGGCGCGCGUCCCUGCUCAAAUCGCAAAACGACGACGGUUCUCGCCCCGAAAAGCGCGAGGAGGUGCCGAUCCAGAGCAGCGUGAACCCGGCGGGUCCCCUGCCCGUGGAGAUCCAGCUGCGCAUCGCCAAGGAGCGCUACCGCACGGCCGCCGACGGGUCGAAGAAGAACGACGCGGAGCUCGAACUGUCGAAGCUCGAGCUCGCGCACCCCGAGCUCGCGCUCAUGCAGGUGGCCAGCGAGCGCGCCCGGACGGAGAAGGGCUUCGAGUCCUGGCGCUGGGGGAAGAUGGCCGAGGAGGUGCAGCGCGUGUCGUCCGCGCUCAAGAUCGCGGCCGUGCCGCUCGACGCGACUUUACCGUCCGACGCGCACACGGGCGGCCUGUUGCCGCGGACGGCCGACGACGCGAGCUCCAAGGCCGCGAAGCAGGCCGAGGCGCGGAGCCGGUCGCACGCGUUGAGCGAGCUCCAGUACUGGGCGCUCCGGGGCAACCGGCGCGCCGAGGCCGGCCUGCUCCUCGCUGUGUCGCGGCACGCGGGCAACUGGGUCGGCGAGGCCGCGGACCAGCUCCUGCGCCAGGCCUGGGGCGUCCACGCCGACGCGUCCGUCAACGCCAUGAUGCAGCGCGCCUGCGACGCGCUCAAGAAGAAGGACGCGGAGGGCGCGCUCAAGGGCUUCGCGGCGGCCGCGGGCCGGAGCCGCGACAUCGACGAGGGCAAGGGCUUCGCGGACGCGCACCGCUGGAUCGGCAUCACGCUCGACAAGGCCCUGGGCGACGACGUCAACGCCCAGGCCGCCUUCGAGGAGGCGCUCGACGCGUCGCCGCACAACUACGUCGUCAUGAUGGACCUCGGCAAGCUGCUCCUCAAGCGCGCGGCGCGCGCCAAGGCCGCGGCGGGCCCGGACAAGGACGCGCGGACCAUCGCCGCCUGGCUCGGCGGCGCGCCGUCGCCCGCGGCGGACGCGGCGGAGGAGAAGCUCGAGAAGCGCGCGCGGCUCUACUUCGAGCGGGCGACGUCGCUGAACCCGGCGCUCGCGACGGACGUCCGCGCCGUCCUCGCGCCCGCCGAGUCCUUCGCCGAAUGA